UAGGACCUCUAGCAAACGAAUCUGUUUUUUUUUUUUUCAGUUUGUUCGAUCAAAGCAUCUCCUUCAAUCUCAAGUUUUUGAGUUCCUUUGAUCAUGGUUUAAGCUAAGAGAUGGACGUGGAAAAUGGCGAAAGCAGCGGGAGAAGUGAGAUGGAAGAGCCAUUGAUUCAACAUAUAAAUAUAAAGCAUGAAAUUGAAGAUGGCGGAGAAAGUAAGAGCAAAGGAUUAUUGAAGGUUGCUCUUCCAAACACUUUUGUUGCAGUUCUGAGCUCCUAUGAAUUUAGCAUUUCUAUGGGAUAUUCAGCACCUGUUCAAUCAGCUAUCAUUAAGGAUCUUCGCCUAUCUAUAUCUGAGGUUUGUGCUUUAGCUUUCAACCUUCAAUCAUCAUUAUGA